ACUUAGAUGUGGAAACUCAUGGUUUUACUACAAUACUGAUUAGUGCCACAAAAAUGUGGGUGGUCAACCUAUGCGUUACAUUUUUUUAGGAUGGCGGCUGUUAUUCAAGACUCUUCUAAGCAAACUAUCAGACCCGAACUAGUUUUUAAAAUCGAUGGACUGGGUUGCAGUGUCAACGAUGCGAUUUUUAUUCCUGGCAGAGAUUCAAUUGUUACGGGGUCGGAGGAUCGUACAUUGAGAAUUUGGGUGCGAAGAGAAACAGGGAAGUUCUGGCCAACGGUCAUUGAGCUUCUUCCUAGUCCAGUUACUUGUAUUACGUACUCUUCUGGAACUCAUCGGUUAUUUGUCGGUUUGGAGAAUGGGACAGUCGUAGAAUAUGAUAUUUCUGAUGAUUUGAAUCACGUUGAACACAAACGAGAUUAUCUGUCACACACUGCUAGGAUAAAUGGGAUUGUUUGCACGCCAGACACGGACUGGAUUGUAUCUGCCGCAAAAGACCAUACAGUGGCAUGGUAUUCAACUAACAACGGGAAACGCAUUUGUGAGCACACUUUAGAGCACUCGGCCACAUGUUUAGAGUAUGAUAUUGGUUCGCAUUACGUAUUUGUGGGUGAUAGUAGUGGUCGCAUAACUCUUCUAAGCAUUAAUCAAAUGAACGGCCAGGUGCAGUGUCGAGUCAUUCGUGAACUUCGUGGCCAUGAGCAGUCAGUAACGUAUUUGGCUUGGGACAGCGCGAAUUCGCGUUUAUUUUCUUGCAGCACAGAUCAUUCUGUUAUCUUUUGGGAUAUUGGUGGGGCUAAAGGUUCAGCUUUUGAACUGCAGGGACAUACCAAGGAUGUAUCAUCAAUAUACUGGUGGAGUAUGGGCAAUUCUCUAUCGAAUAUCAAGGACAGUAAAUAUAAAGGAUUACUUAUAUCUGGUGGUCUGGAUGGGUAUCUUAUUUUCUGGAUGAUGGACCCUUCACGUGUAGAAAGUCCAAACUGGUCUGAGUCAGAUAUUUGCCAUAUUUGUGGUGGCCCAUUUUUCUGGAAUGUUCGUAAGAUGUGGAACAAUAUGUCAGUUGGUGUACGCCAGGUAUGCGAUGGGAAUAUAGCACAUUUAUUGAACAUAACAUUUUACUGUAUAUUUCGGUUUUAUUUUUGAGUAUACUUGUUUUUAUUUUCGUAUUCACCUGAAACCUUAGAUUUAUUUCCAUAAUUUUUUUUUAUUAAGAGUGACUUAAUCAACACUUGUUGAGCCGCAAAACUUAUAUUUUUAUUAGCCACCAUUUCAAGGGGAAUGAAAAGUCUCUUGAUAAUUCCUCUCUCCUUCAUUGUUUUAGAAAACACGUAACAACAUUUUCGUAUGAGUAUAUAGAUUUGGUCAACGAUUUGUUGUAAGUAUUUUGAUUGCUAAUUUGUUAAAUAAGACAAAAAAAUUACAAGAACCACAGGUGCACAAGAUUACUCGAUACGCUAAAACCUUGAGAUCGAAAUUUUUUAAUCAUUUGACCACUUUUUAGGAUCAACCGAUCAGAAAAGCUAGAAAGAAUUGAUCACAUUAUUGUUCUGCUGAGUUUAAGGUACUUUUACGGAUAAAGUUUUACUUAGAGGUGUCUGAUUUCCAUCGAAUAGAUUUUCUAUCACUGUUCACUACUAAAGUGUGUCUGCUUGUCUUGAAAGCUCCACACUUGUGUUCUUAAUUACUUUGUUUGUCUGUAUUAAUGUAUACAACGCGUGAUGUUCUUAUAAGUUCAACGUUUUGGCUAUGUCAACUUUUAGUUUUGACAUCUUCCUCAAAACUAACUUAUUAUUUGUUCCGAAGUUCGUGAUAACUACAGAUCCCCUCCUAUAUCUGUAAAGUUAUCAAUAUCUUGCAUCUGAAUCCAGUCUUUUAUCGCUGUGUGAAUAAAAAGAAAUGUAGUUUCACUCCAUCAAAUAAUAAUCUAAUUUUGUAUAGCACGGAUCAGUUCUAGGUGAUCAUACUGCGAAUCGGAAGUAAUAAGAACAGUCUGAAUGUUUUGUUAUCUUCAAUCGCUUCUUUUGCUACAUUUUAUUAUCAGAUAAUAUAUUAUCGAUUAUCAGAUCUUACGGAAAUAUUCUAGGAUCUAUGGUUAUCUAACGCCUAACUGAAGCUCGAGAAAACCAGACGAGUUUCAAACCUUGACGAGAGUGCAUUGAUCAAAUCCUCACCCUUCUACGGGCUCUAGAACACAGGCAUACUUACUGGCUGUCGACAUUUGCCACAUCUCGACCUGAAGGCGGCACUCAACUCUGUUGACCUAAAGGUGUUUUGUUAGUGUCUGACAGAAGAAAGUACCGAAAAAGUAUGUACUGUUAAUCAAAGUUGUCUACUCAAACUCACGAAGCUGUGUAAGGAUUUAUUGGGAGUUGUCACCUGAAGUAACACCUUCCAGUGGUGUUUGCUGUCACUAUUCUUGUUUAACUUCUUUAUAUACGUGGUAGUGGAUAUAAUAUCCGACUUCUCAGCGGUUGAUUCACCCUGAGGAGGGCAUCUAGUUGACUUUAGAGUACACAAGCGACAUUGUCGUGUUAGGCGAAGAAGCUGACAAAAUGCAGUCAGGUCGCGUAUAGAGGAUUUGUGCAGUACUCGCCAACUUCCGUCAUCUCUGGCGCCGACGAGAUAUCCAGUUACACAUCAAAGGACGAGUAUACUGCGCUGCAGUUCGCUUUGUCUUAUUAUACGAUUGUGAGACAUGGUGCUAAAGGUAGGUGUAAAGCGAUUACGGGUUUUCAAAAACAUGUGUCUUUCUAGCAUUACUGGCAUAUUGUGCAAUCAUCACGCGAGCAGAUUUGAAGUUAGGCCAGAACACCGGAUUAGUCCAUGGCGUUGUCGACGGUUGGUGUAGGCAAGUGUUAGUCUGCUGUCUGUAGGUUUUAAGACAGUUUAAGAAGAUAGUAUUUUCCAAAAGUUGAUUCUAGUGAUGGAUAUAUCUAAAGCACCGCUGUUAUCUUUGCAGUUUUUCGUCUCGUGGUUUCUCACUUCACUUUGGUUAACCAGAACACUGAUAUGUAAAUUGUCUCCUUUCUAUCGCUCUUUUCUUUUACUUCCCAAACAGACGUGUAAAAAUGUUAAAUGACUGGUUUUCCCAACUUAUUUAUUAAUGGUUUCAUCUGUACAUUUCACCGUUAAGCGCUAGAUUUGAUAAUACUUCUCGGUACUUUUUUUAUGUAUCGCAUUCGGGUAUUAUUUAGUGCUCCCCUAUAGAAGUCAUCAACAAGUGUCGUAUUUUGUAAUUAUUUCGCUAACUGGAUAGCACACACUUCUGUUUUCUGGGGCUUGGUUGGUAACGGUGUCUUCCCUGUUCUAAAUAAAUAUAAUCUUACGUGUGGACUCCCGAGUUAUUAUCGUAUUAUGUAAAAACUUAACGAAUUAUUUGGUGUCCUUGACAGACAUAAGAAAUACCAGUUAGUAUCGUCUUCAACCAUUCCUUUGGUGGAUGGUUUUAUUUAACCUAAGUAGUAAUCAGUUUUGUAUGAUUGUGACAAAAUUUCAUACUAGGGUAAAACUGCUUGGAUUUCCGGUAAUGUGGAAUUCAAAAUUUGUUUCUGCUAUUUCCAGCAUCACUGUCGUCGCUGUGGGCAGGCGGUCUGCGACAAAUGUUCACCUUACCGUUCAACUCUACCAUGUAUGGGUUUUGAAAAAGACGUUCGUAUAUGCAGUCAGUGCUUCCCUUCAAUAACAGACGCGGAUCGUCGUAGUUUGGCCGUUUUGUUUGAUGCACGUCAUCCAGUUACAUGUGUUCGUGUGGAAGAAUCUUUGAAUUUACUUCUUACGAUCGGAAAAGAUCGAGUCAUCAAGGUGUGGGAUAUCAAAGCCUUCUCUUCAAGUUCCCGUACAUGAGUUCUUGAUCCUGCUAAUAAUAUUUUCGUGUGAUUCACUGACAUAAUUAUUUCUCACCUUCAAUCGUGCAUACACCCCAGUGAUUUUGAAAGACACUUUUAUUACCUCCACAUUGCGUGUCAUAUAUUUCUUCAGAUCUGUUUUACUAUAUUUAUAUUCGAUCUCUGACCAUUUAUAAAUAUAUGAGCAUACUUGCUUUACAGCCAAUUUAUAAUUUCAUUCCUUGCGAAGUUAUUUAAAUUAUUGUACAUAUUAAAUAUCCUGUUGUCUUUCUAAUUUAAUCGAAAAUGUCUGAUGUAAAACCCUUGUUGAAUACUUAAGUUGGUCCUUCAUAUGUUGUUUUCACAGUGCAAUUAAUAGUAGUCAGUAUUAUUGAGAGAGAUUUCAAUUUAUCCAGGCACCUAAGUCCAAAAGGAUAACGCCAGUGUGUGGAUUCUGC